AUGGCCAACAGUGAUGAUAAAGACGGUGGUUGGGCCUGGAUUAUUUUAAUUGUUGCCAGCUUGUCUGUGGCAGCUAGUUGUGGACUAGGAAUAGUCGGUGGAAUAUUCCAGGUGUUUUUUCUAGAACAGUUCAGAGAAAGCAUCUCCUAUACAGCUUGGGUGACUGCCUUAUUCUCCUCUUUGCUGCAACUAGCAGGUCCGGUAGCCAGUUUGAUAGUCAACUAUUUUAGCUGUCGAACCUCAGUAAUGUUAGGAAGUAUGUUAAUGUCUCUUGGACUGGUUCUCAGUAGUUUUGGGAACAGUAUUGAGUAUUUGAUGAUAACAUUCGGCAUUAUAUCAGGUCUAGGUUUAGGUUUAAUCUAUACCCCAUCAAUUAUUAUUACUAACUACUAUUUCCAUUCUAAACGGAAUAUAAUGACGGGCGUGGUCAUGUCGGCGGCGGGUGUUGGAAUCUUUGCUGCUCCUUUAUUAUCACGGCAAGGGGGGCUUGGUGAUGACGUAAUAGCUGGUAACGUCGCAGUAAAGGAAUACUGCCAAAUAGUUGAAAAGGAACCAUUUUUAAAGAAUCCAACCAAAAUCAACGAAAAUGAGGUCCAAUCAAAACAGUUUCUGGAUGUGAAAGAUUCUAAUAUUUUAAAAUCUUUAGAAUCUGUGUCUCUGAAUAGUCAACUGUUUUUAUCAAGGACGUCGGGGCUGAACGUGGACGUUUCGACCCCAAAACCCUAUUUCUUACGGCACAAACAAUUUAUAGUGUUUUGUAUAAGUUUGAUAUUAGUGAAUGCCGGAUUUGGAGGGGUGUUGAUACACUACCCUCAUUUGUGUGAGUCAAAAGGUGCUUCAAAAAAUGACGUGGCGUUAGCAAUAUCUGCCAACGGACCAGCGUUAGUGGUUUCACGUGUUUUAGUAGGGGCUUUAGGUAAUGCCGAUAACGUGGAUUUUUUCGCAGUGUAUAUCUCCCUUAAAGCGCUGGCUGGAAUUUUUGUGUGUUUAGUGCCCAUAUUUAACUAUAGUAUUGGAUACAGUGUUAGUACAAUGAUUAUACUAGCUUUAACUAAUGGCGGCUCUGAUUCCCUCGCGGUUGGUUUAACUCUAGAUUGUGUUGGGUUCGACCAGUUUGCAGUGGCUGUAGGUGUUCAGAUGGUUUGCGCUGGUAUUGGGUAUCUGAUAGCUCCACCUAUUAUAGGCUGGGUGGUUGAUGUAACGGGUUCUAAUAACACUGCCAUGUUUAUAGCAGGAGGUUUAUUAAUGCUGUCAGCGUUCGUUUGUCUCUUGAUUCCAUUGCUAAAAGAGAAAGAUGCACCUUCAAUCGGGUACCAUCCUCAGAAAUGCCAGGAAACGGUCGAAAUAGACGAACCAACCAAGUCGUAA